AGCAAGCAAGCAGGCGGGCGCAAAAGCUUGCUGAUUGCUGCGCGGAGCAACCGGUUGCACGUAAAGACGUACUCCGUGGACCACUGCCAAGGCAGCACUUGCUGCCGCGACCGCGCUCCGCCGCUCGUGCUGUGCCCACAAGGUAACCCUACCACUCACUGCCAAGCAGCACUCGCUGGCCGCGCGUCGCCGCACGCCGUCGCCGCGACACGCCGAGCAGUCGCCGCGACCGCUAAGGCAAUAUGUCCACGGGCCUCGGCCUCAACAUCAUCAAGACCCUCGACCGCGCCGCCAAAGAUAGGUUGUACGGCGCCACCAAUGAAGAGGACGCCGUGAGCGCUGGAAAUGAAUGGACGGUCAAAGCCGUCUUCGGCAUGCUCGCUCCGCUCGAACAGCAGAUCGUACUGAGGUUAUUAGUGUGCGGCGAGGCGGGCGUCGACAUCACGUUGGCGCGGAACUGGGUUACGGUGAGCGGUUCGUUCGCUAGAGCGGUGGCGGUCCUUGAGUCAUUGAGGAUCGUGGAGGCUCUGGAUGGUGCUAAAAAGCUAAGAAUCCCGACGGCAUUUAGUACGAAUCUCGGGAAGGCCUUGGCGGGCAAUACCGAGGAGCCCUGGAGGUUGCAAGGUAUUACGAACGACAAGAAACCCCCUACUCUAGACCAGCUCGACCAGUGGACGCGGUGGCGGUGGACCAAUGUUUUACUGUUCCUAACAGGAGAAGAUCUGGACGAGACGGCGAUCCCGCCGCAAUGUGCCCAGGACUUUUUGAAAGGUGCUCAAUUAAUGACUCCUAUCGAAGGCGGUAUGUUGGAAAUUACGGGUCGAGGUGUGGACUUUCUGCUGAAACCGCGAGCGGAGCAGGUCUGGGUGCUGGUCGACGAGUAUUUGGCGAAUCACGCUCCACAAAAUGAUCGGGGCGACGUCGUGGCUUUGAUUUUAUCUUUAGCAUACACGACUGUUGGUCGAUCUUACGCUAUCGCUGAAUUAAGUGACCCGCAGCAGCGGGCUCUUGAAGUGUUGUUUGCUCUCGGUCUCAUAUUCAGGAGGAAGGAGACCUCCUCAAGAUUCUACCCGACGUCGAUAGGCGCGGGCGUCGCGUUCGGCUCGGACGAAAAGGCCGACACGGGCGGCGUGUCCAUCCUCGUGCAGACGAAUUUUCAAGUGGUGGCCUACACGGACGCGACGCAAGCUUCCGCUUCGUUGGUCCUGAACACGCUGGGGUUGUUUUGCGAGAUCAAGGUGCGGCUGCCCAACGUCGUCGUGGGCGCCAUCACGCGCGACAUCGUCAAGAACUGCAUCACGCAGCGCCAGAUUCGUUGUGGUCAGAUUCUGAAAUUCCUCGAAACGCACGCGCACCCGCUGACGGCGAAGAAUCAAUCUCCGAUCCCGCCGAACGUGCGCGACCAGAUCAUCCUGUGGGCCGGCGAGGACCAGCGCGUGGCGUUCCGGCAAGGAUGGUUGUUAGAAUGUAGAACGGACGACGGCUUCCAUGCUGCUGUGAAGGCGGCGAAAACUGUUCACUGGCGGAGUGUAGGUAGGCGACGGUUGUUUGUGGACGACGCGGACCGGGAGCGGUGCCUCGUCGCCGCUGCGGAAAGUGGCGGGGCGAUGGAUGUGGGGUAAAUUUAGUACGUUA